AGAUAUCUCGUUGCUUCUAUGAGUUCUCAUGUCAUGAUUUACUGCUGUAUCCAAGUAAGGAAACGACCCGUCUUUGGCUUCCAACUCGUACCUACUUGCUCCUGUCCUGUUAUCUGAUAUAUUUCAUCUAAACCUCCUCCCACCACUUUGCCAACUUUUUGCUACAGCGAAUUGAAGUUCAACCGCACAUUUUAUCACCACUUCCCUGAACCAUUUCUACAACCAUGCCUAAUAACGCAUGCGUAAAGCGUGCUCUUAACACCAUCGAGAAAGACUCCUCCAAAGUGCUCGGCGUCACCUACAACACCACCGCCAUCACACCCAAGCAAUACCUACCCCGAUCCGAAGCUCAAACCGCCCCGAAACUAUCAUUCGCAGUCCCCAAUCCCUCCUCCACUUACCUGAUCGUCAUGCUCGAUCUCGAUGCCCCUUUUCCCUCGCUUCAACUUCUGGGUCCGAUCCUCCAUUGGAUCCAGCCUGGUUACAAAGCCGACGCGAAUGGGGUUUUGACCACCGAUGAUCCGUUUGUAGCUAAUUACAUUGGUCCGGCUCCUCCUCCAGGAAGUAGUCCCCAUCGCUACUCAUUCUACUUGUUUGAACAGCCUGAGGAUUUCGAUGGUAGGAAGUACGCACCUGCGGGAGGAAAACCUCUCAGUAAUUGGUACCGGAUGCGUUACGAUUUGGACAGUUGGCAAAAGACGGCGAGGCUUGGGGAACCUGUUGCUGCGAAUUACUUUUUGAGUAACUAGACGUCCUGAUUUUGGGGAGAUCCGGCCCUUUUCUCUUUCUUUCUUUCUUUUUUUUGUCUUUUUUAAGUCGAAGUGUGCCACUGCAUUCAGUGUUGAGACAUGCGUCUUCUCGCUUAUCACACGAAUUGAGCAAGAGGAUACGCGAUGAAUGGAAUUUUGGAAAAUUGCCGAUCUCUCCUUACUUCUCAAUGAGAACUGAAGAAUCUAUUCAAAUGUCUAUAUUCUCUGUCUAUAAAUCUGAACUUCAUAAUGUGCAAUGUUUAUGCA